AUGCAGGUCGUCCGAACUUCAAAUCUGGACCUCCCGGCGGCUGCGCUUGUGUCGUGGGCGGACUGGCGCCGCGGCUUGCUCGGCCCUGCGGACUUGGCACGACACCCGCGGGCGCUGCCUCACCGCGCCGACGACAGAGGACGGCCAGCAGGGCGGUGCCGCGGUCUGCUGGCCAUGGAGGAUAGAGACGUCCCGCCUGCACCCUCCCCUCGCCCUCGCCCUCGCCCUGCACCGCUCCGCCGAGACAUCUCCUCUGCACCCCCCCACCCCCACCGUCGGCCAGCCCCUGCACCGCGCCAACGAGCCAACGCGCCAACGCGCCAACGCGCCAACGCGCCAACGAGCCUGCGCCGCAACAUGCCAGAGAAGGCCACCACCAUCGCAACCUAUGCGGCAGGCGCAUCCCUCGCCGCCAUCACCCUGGUCUACGUCUUCGGCCCCACCUUCUUCCUCGACGACGAGGCCACGAGCGCCGGCGCCAAGAAAAAGGGCGUCGUCGGCCUCAGCAAUGCCGCCAACGACUGCUUCAUCAACUCGGUCCUGCAGGCCCUGGCCGGCUUGCCCGACCUGCGCAUCUACCUGAUCCGCGAGACACAUCGCAGGAAGCUCGACGGGCCGGCCGUCUAUCAGGUCGGUCCGGACAGGGUGAGCGCCGACAGCGCCACCCUCACGAGGCCGGGCAAGCUCGCGGGCCUGCAGAAGGGUCUGCUCACGUCCGGCCUCAAGGACAUCCUCGACAAGCUGAACGAGCGGCCCAUCUACAAGAAGACCAUCUCGCCCCAAUCCUUCAUCCGCGCCCUCGAACACGCCUUUGGCACUCGCAUCAGCCGCCAGCAGCAGGACGCCCAGGAGUUUCUCCAGAUCGUCACCGAGCGCCUCUGCGACGAGUACCAUGCCGGUGCAAAAGCCAGGCAGCACGCCAGCCGCCAUGGAGCCACCCUAGACCACGGAGACGCCGUCUCGGGGCGGACAGAGAGGGAGGAGCCGUUCGCCGUCGAGCCACCGCAGGACGACACCAAGGAGGAACGCGACGACGACGCACUUCGGCCAGACGAAGAGGGGUUCCCUUUCGAGGGCAAGAUCGAGUCUCAGAUCGAGUGCCUGACCUGCCACUUCAAGCCAAGGCCCUCCUCGUCGACCUUCGUCACCCUGACGCUCAACGUACCACAAGUAUCCUCUACCUCGCUCAACGCCUGCUUCGACGGCAUGCUCAAGGUCGAGCACAUUGACGACUUCAAAUGCGAGUGGUGUCGCCUUGAUCACGCAGUAAAGUCCAAAGAGCGAGAGCUGGAGAAGGCUACUCGCCCUGAGGUCAAAGAGCGCCUGGAGUCAGACAUCUCCAAAAUCAAGCAAGCGCUUCAAGACGAUCCGGAAAGCCCACCAGACGACGUCGAAUUUCCAGACUCCAAGCUGGCGCCCAAGAGUCGCAUAGCGCGUCACAUGUACAUCUCCAUGUUCCCCAAGGUACUCGCUGUGCACCUUUCGCGGUCCAUGUUUGCCGUUGGCACUGUGUCGACAAAGAACCUGGCCAAGGUCUCGUUUCCAGAGACAUUGCCACUUGGUGGUCUGUUGCACCGAAGCAACUACAAGCUGCUUGGAAUGGUGACACACAAGGGCAGCCACAACAGUGGUCACUAUGAAUCGUUCCGACGCCAGCUACAGCCCAUACCAUUCUCCACGCCACACUCGUUUGGUCUAGAAGGCGCAUACAGCCGUCAGGCAAGUCCACUUCCUUCUGCAGCCGCGUCCGCCAUGCAAAGUCCUCGGUUGUCCACAACAAACCUGGACGGCGCAAGCGACCUUGCAUCACCCAUCCCCUCACACUUGACAUUGGACUCGCCUUCUUCGCAGUCGCUCUCUUCGAAUUCUUCGCAAGGGACCGCAGGGCCUCGUGGUCCAGCCCCAACGUCCGCGCCCCGGGCGGAGGGCGACUCGCUGCAUCCAUCUCCAACCUCACGAGACUCCACCACAAAACUCUCGCGGACGCAAAGUAUACGGUCGCUCAAGGACAAGGCGUCCGAAAAGGCGGCUUCGAUGGCGGAAGCGAACCCUCUCAAGCGCAGGUCCAAACGCACAGUCAAUCGCUGGUGGCGCAUCAGCGACGACAAGAUCAAGGAGAGCAAGACGGGUGAAGUACUCGGCAUGCAGAAGGAAGUCUAUCUGCUGUUCUACGAGCUUGAUCGGUAG